AUGUCAGUGCCUUCUGUCCCGCAUAAUAUCCCACGAGCCAGCACUCCGGUGAGGUCCAGCAGGGUCUCUCAGGAUCGUCGCAAUGCCUCGUCGCCGCCCUCGCCCGACGACGGUGCAAAGGUGACACCAAAGACGCUGUCGCAGACCGGCCGCUCCAGGACCGCUCCGCUCUCGCUUGAGUCGCUGUAUCCCACCGCCGGCCCCCAGCUGUCGGAGCGCGACAGCAUCUUCGCGACCAACUACAUAGCCACCGACAGCCCCGCCGAAUCUCCCAGCCUGCAGCCACGACCCGACGCCGCCUCCAGUCCCGCGCAAGAGCAGGACCAAUCUCCCACCAUGGCCGACAUCUCGCCCAUCCGGAAGCUGGUCGAUCCGCCGCUGCUCCGGCAAGCGCACCAUCACCACCUCUUAUCUGCCGCCAAUGCCUCGUCGCCACUAGAACAUUCCACCUUCGCCGACGAAUAUCACAAGCUGAGGCACAGGGACACCGCCAAUCUGCACAAUGACAACUCCCACCCGCAUCUCAAGGGCCACUUCAUAACGCAAAUCCUGGGUAGCAGCAGGACCGAGUCUCCAGCAAAGCACGAUAGCACAUCCGUCGCCGUCGCUGUUGACUCGCCUCACCAACGCUCCAAUGCGUCUCCCGAGGCCGCACCCGCUCCGGAUACAUUUGAUACAGACGAGAGAGUACGCUAUCGGUCGUGGCGAGAGGGGAAACCAGCAUUGAGCAUGUCGGCGCAUCAGAACGUGAAGGAGACGACCAACACCCGCGUCGACAAGAAGAUUGAGGCCACCCUUCCCAAAGUAGAGCCAAGCACCGUUGCUGCACGCAGUCGCAAAGCCAGCCACUACCUGGGCCUGUUCAAGGAAAAUGAAGCGGCGCAGGAGCAAAAGAAGCGGGAUGAGCGAGCGAAGGACCGUUUGGCGGAGCCCCAAGAUCCCACAGCAACUGAAGUGGACGUGAGGAUACCGCCGGCUGAGCAACCAAGCGAUAUUCCCGGCACACCGAUCCGCGAAGAUCGGCGCCCAGACGCAUCAACCUCGCCAAGGAAACCGCAACUGCCGCCCGAGCCGGUCAGCAGCCCUGGUCGUACAAGAGCCGGGGAUGAGGACGAAAGCAUCACCAUUAGGUCCCACGGUAUUCCAUUGAGUCUUCUAGAGGAGAUUAGGAACUUCCACCAUCUCACUCCUGGUGGUCAGAGAGGAACUCCGCUUUCCCAUGCGUUGUCGACGGCUGAAUCUCAACGUGCAAGACAAACCUCUGACCUACAAGGCACAGAAGCGAGCGACUAUUUUGGCAACACGGAUGCUGCGCAGGAAGGCAAAGCUGUCGCUUCCGACGAGGACGAGGAAUCGGAGCGGGAACACAUCUCUUCGGCGCUGUACUUCCCACACCGUCAGCUUACACCAACAAAGUCCACCCCCGAGCAAUUGAGCCCUGUGCGGGAAGAAUCUCCGCUGCAAAGAAUUGUGUCAAGGCCUUCCACCAGAGGCUUCCCCGCGGGCUGGAGAGACAAAGAGACUACCCCGACUCCAGAUGAAGUCCAGAUAUCCUUGCAGACGCAGGAUGAGCAAAAGUACCUUCAUGGUGACCUCAAGGCUCAGCCGCGGUCGCCAGAGGCAGAUCACCAUGGUUUUGUGUCUGAGUCGGAUGUUACUGCAUCCGACUUGGGCUCGGAGUAUGAGUCUUGGGACGAAUCUGCUCAGUCCACGCAAGGAUACGAUAGUGCAACUGAGGAAUUAGGCACUACGCCCACUCAGACUUCUUACAAGAAAGAUACUACUUCAGCGCCGAAGCCGCAUCAUCACCAUCACCAUCGCCAUCACCAUCACCAACCAACGGCACCGCUUGGUGCUGUUGAGCUCAAACCUUACGACCAUCAGGUCGGUGGGCAUUCUACCGUUUAUCGCUUUUCGAGGCGCGCCGUGUGCAAGCAGUUGAACAACCGUGAGAACGAGUUCUAUGAGACGGUUGAACGUAAUCAUCCAGAGCUGUUGGAUUUCUUACCGAGGUAUAUCGGUGUCCUCAAUGUGACCUACCGAAAGGCUCCCAAGAAGAGGAAGGCGACAAAGGGCACCAAGGACCAAGAUAAUGGUAUCAAAUUAGAGAUCGAUUCUCAAGUUAAGGAACAAUCCGAGAAGGCGUCAGUCGGACUUGAGUCUCCGAUCAAACUUACUAGCAACUCAUCCGACACCCAGCCAAGACUCCCCCGACGGCGACACUCGGGCGGCGGACUACGUCGUAGGCCAAAUGAAAUAGACGAAGGGGGCAGGGGUAACCUUGAGUACCACGAGGAAGAUGGAUAUGGAGGAGAUGGCGAGGAUGAUGUCUUCGCCAUGGAUGAAGACAAAAAGCUAGCAACCACGGACCAGCGCCCUACGCACACUGAUGCUGUACAGCCUGAUCAGAUGAACGGCCACGCAGUACCAAGCGGCGGCUCUGGCACCAUGCUUCCAGCUCCAGUGGCCACCCCAACCAUGUCUAAGCCUCUUGCGGCGGAAGAUCCAUCAAACCCCAAGGAAGCAGUUCAGCCAGAUGAACGUGUGCAGCACUUUAUCUUACUUGAGGACCUCACUGCAGGCAUGUCUCGGCCUUGCGUGCUUGAUUUGAAGAUGGGAACACGCCAAUAUGGUGUCGAGGCAAACGAGAAGAAGCAGCGUUCGCAGAGGCGCAAGUGUCAGAUGACGACGUCGCGGGAGCUCGGCGUGCGUGUCUGUGGCAUGCAAGUCUGGAACGUUAAGACUCAGUCGUAUGUCUUCGAGGAUAAGUACUUCGGUCGCGACCUCAAAGCUGGCAAGGAGUUCCAAGAUGCGCUCACGCGCUUCUUCUUCGAUGGCCACGGCUACACGAGUGCUACCAAGCACAUUCCCAUCAUUCUGGAGAGGAUCUCAACGCUCGAAAGGAUGAUCCGUCGUCUGCCGGGAUACAGGUUCUACGCAAGUAGCCUGCUGAUGCUGUAUGAUCGCGGUGAUAGCUCUAAAGAUGGCCCUUCGCCUCCAAGAAGCCGGCGCUCGUCGCAAGACAAGGACAGCAGGCCUGCGUUGGAUCAAGAGAAGAAGGCAAAGUCGGAGAUCAAAUUGAAGAUCGUUGACUUCGCCAACUGUGUCACGGCUGAGGACGAACUCCCUCCAGACGUGCCGUGCCCUCCUUCGGACCCGGAUGGCGUGGACAAGGGCUACCUGCGCGGGCUGCGGACGCUGCGCAUGUACUUCCAGCGCAUAUGGCGCGACAUGAAUGAAGACAAAGGAUACGUCGAGCGAGGCGAGUGCGAGGGCCUGCGGCUCGGCGAGGGCGAUCUCGGCCACGGCAUGAUCCUUGAAGGAUGGGAAGACGGGCCGAUCGUGGACGAGGACUCGGGCAAUGUCAGCGUGUAA